AUGUACACAUAAUAUAAUCAUAUGAUCAUGUGAUUCCCGUCCCUUCCCUUCGACUAUAUAAAGGACCUUUCUGUAGACUCUCUUCUGUUUUCAGGCAAACAGACAAUUUCAGAGAUUCACCAUGAGACAUUUCAUUCUUCUUCUGUUACUUUCUUCUGUAUGUUUCUUCACUAUGAGUGAAGUUGUAGAUAAAUUUGACAAAUGCAAACAGUUUUUCUUGGACAAUACCGCUCCUGUCUUCACACCAGAGGACGUCUCUCUCAAACCCAUCUGUCAGUGUCUUCUGGAUGACAAAUCUCAGCCAAUUUAUCUUUAUGCAACUUUGUACAGCACGAGUCUGAAGAUCCCCGUCUUCUCGGCGAAUGUGUAUAACCGCAGCAGAACCAUUGGGAGAUGUGACGCCUGGUACAUUGAACCUCAGCUGGAUGUACCUUCUAUCAAUGAUAAAUGUAUGUUGUCCCAAGGUAAUGGUAACAAUAUUGGCACUAAUCAGGCUCCGAACAGCGACUAUCAUAAAUCUAAGUAUGACAGAGGUCAUCUCUAUCCUGUGCUCCACACCAACAAUCAUCUGCCACACCGACCAACGCAGCUCCACAGAAGUUGACUUUCAAUCGUAACACAUGGCUGAGACAUGAGGAAGCUGUAAUGACGGACCUGAACUCCUGUGAUAAGGAGGCGUAUGUGGUGACUGGUGUAGUUCCUGACAUGGACGUCCCUAAACUGAAGAAUAGAGUCUAUGUGUCAAAGUAUUUCUGGAGAGCCACCUGCUGUCUGAAGGAUGGUCAGUACACAGGGUUGGGCUACUAUGGACCGGACGAGAAAGGCAAAGUGAAGACUUUAACAAAAGCAGAACUUAACAAAAAGCUCCAAAAAUUAUACAAUGUUAAAAAUCCCAUCUCAAUUUUUCCAGGCAGAAAUCACCAAAAACCGAAUAGAAAAUGUGGGCGGCAAUAACCCUGUGAUGCAGUUCAUUGACACAGUUUAUAUGUUCCUCUUGUGUAACUCUUGUGUUCUUCUUUCAUAUUUGCCCUUGAAUUAUGUGUUUGAAACUCCAUAGAUAGAUCAUAGAAAUGUGUAAAUUAGGCCACAUUUCCAGUUCCCCAUCCUCUUUGUCCAGACGGACUCGUGGCCUUGUGUGAGUCUGAAACAGCAGACAUGACUGUACACAUCCAUCUCUGCUUGAUUAUCUGAUUUCAGACCAGCAGAUGGAGACAGAGACUGACACCGCAGAUUUCAGCACUAGCAUUUUUAUAAAGCCUUAAAUUACUUAAGAAAUAUGUUUAAAUUCAUAUUUUCCUCACAGCUCAGAUUUCGAGAUUUGGGAGUGCUGUACCACUUUUUGCUUUAACAAUCAUAACUAACUGGGUUGAGUGGGUUCUCAAACUUUAAUAUACUGUACAUUUCUUCAAUAUAUACAUAAAUUUCAUAAUAUACAUCUUCUUCAAAUCAAAGUUGUAAAUACAGAAAUAAACACACACACACACACACACACACACACACAUACAAUGCAUGUAUAAAAUAAACAAAGCUAGUCUUUGAUGCAUGAUUUGGGGGCACAGUUUCAGAUCAGUUUUGAGAUCUUUUUCCAGUUGAUCAUCAUAUGUAUUACCAGCAGAUGGAGACAGAGGCAGAAUUCAGGCUUAUUCAAGGACAGCUUUUAUUUAUUUAGUUGUAUUAUUAUUAUUAUUAUUGUAUUUUUCUUUGCUUGAGCUAUGUGUAUCUGGGGGAGAAUGGGAAAAUAUCAUAUAUGUGUGUAUACAGUACAUCUACAAGAAUGCUGGCCGGCAAAAUAAAGAGAAAGAUA